AUGGUGUCGGAUAUGGAACUACAACAGAUCCCGAAAAGGACUGCCGGAGAACAGCAGACUGUCACAGUGCCUGGGCCAUUUGGCCACGCCCCUAUACCCCAUAGCUUGGCAAGAGUCGACAGCGGAAAUGGUGGUUGGUCGACUGGAUCAUCUGGUCAUUCUGGAGAUGCACAAGGUCCCUACGACGACACUGUUGACAUUCGGCACCCACUCGCUGCCACUGCCGGGAGCACCUCAGACCCAGUGCAGAAGAGCACCACAGAAACAACAGCAAGCACUCCCCAGUCGCGAUUCUCAGCCUUCAGCAAGUCCCAAAAGUGGUUCAUUGUAGCGAUGAUAUCACUAGCUUCUUUCUUCUCCCCUCUCUCCGGCCAGAUCUACUACCCCGUCAUGCCAACCUUGGUACGAAACUACCACCUCACUCCGGAACUGAUCAACCUCACCAUCGCAGUGUACAUGAUCAUUCAAGGCAUAGCCCCAAGCUUCAUGGGCACGUUCGCCGACACCGGCGGCAGACGUCCGGCCUAUAUUCUUGCAUUUGCUAUCUAUACCGCCGCCAACAUCGGACUUGCACUACAAAACAGUUUCGCCGCACUCAUGGUUCUUCGUUGUCUCCAGAGCGCGGGGAGUAGCGGCACCGUUGCCUUUGGAUACGGCGUUAUAGCGGACAUCGCGACAACUUCGGAGCGCGGGAAAUACAUCGGGCCCAUGGCAGCUGGGGUGAUGGUUGCGCCUGCGCUAGGUCCUGUUAUCGGUGGAUUGCUGGCCAAGUUUCUUGGCUGGCGUAGUGUCUUCUGGUUUCUGGUGAUUAUCAGUGGUGGCUACUUGGUAUUUUAUGUGAUUUCUAUGCCAGAGACAGCGCGCAAGAUUGUUGGUGACGGCAGUACGGUGCCCAGGGAGUGGUGGCGCAGGUCAGUCAUCCAGUGGUGGUCUAAGAGACAAGCACAGCGGGAUGAAGAAAGCCAAUCUGCUGCACAGGGCUCUCCAUAUCAGUCGCAACAUACAGGGAGACUCCGAUUUCCGAAUCCCCUCAAGACUCUCGUUAUCCUGCUGGAGUGGGAUGCCUUGAUCAUCAUUUCGUACGUUGGGAUCGUGAUGUUCGCAAAUAUUGCCUUGUUGACAAGCACUCCCAACCUCUUUGGUCCCUUGUACGGGUUCAACGAGCUUGAAAUUGGUCUAUGCUUCCUGCCCCUCGGAGUUAGCUCUUGCCUCGGCGCAGUUCUAUAUGGAAAAGUCAUUGACUACAACUACAAGCGCACAGCCCAGAAACUCGGCCUCCCAGUAAACCGGGAGAAGGACGACGAUCUACGCAGAUUUCCAAUCGAGCAAACUCGUCUGCAAACAAUCUACCCGGUGAUGGCUCUCGGCAUUGCAGCCUUCAUCCCAUACGGCUGGGUCCUGCAGCAAAGAGUACAUCUAGCAGCCCCAAUGGUACUGCAAUUCAUCAUUGGCUUCUGCUUCGUUGCAUCUCUGGGUUGCCUCAACACCCUCCUCACCGACCUUUUCCCAGACCGUGCCGCCACAGCAGCAGCAGCUUGUAACCUCGUUCGCUGCUGUCUUGGUGCUGUCGGUGCUGCGGUCAUUAGCCAGAUGCUGAGUGGUAUGGGAUGGGGCUGGUGUUUCUUUUUCCUGGGUCUUGUCAUGGCUGUUGGGUUGGGUUUGCUCUGGGUUGAGCAGGUGUAUGGUAUGGGCUGGAGGGAGAAGAGAUUCUUAAGAAAUGAACGGAAGAAUGCGGAAAAGGAGGCGAGGGCAACUAAAACACAGACCCUGGGAAGGUCUGGUGAGAGUGAACAGAAGGAUACCGAUGUUCGUGAAUCUGUGGCUGACGCCGCUGAGGGAGAUGUUGUAGGUGGUGAUACUCGCGCAAACCAUUGA